AGCCGAACUUUUGAUUACGUUUUAGGUAUCCGCCAUUUUGAUUUCCAAAUUGGACAGAUUUUUUGUUUGCCUCGUCUGCUGGAAGUAUAAUUUGGUGCGUGUCAACACAACCGGCUCGGCGGGCUUAACCACCGUGUGUAACGGCAGUGUAAAUGACAUUGCAACCGGGGAAAGGGGUAGUGUCUUCGAGCUUAGCAACGCAGUCAUGAAUAGCCAUCUAUGGGCCUCUGGGUGACCUGACAGCCAAAGUCGCCGAGUUGCCGUUAAGCUUGCAGAUGACGACUGAUGAAAUGAUGAGCACAAGGUUGAAGCCAAUCUUUCCUGGGUGUGUUUGUGUGGUGUUAGCAUGAGUGAAGUGGGUGUGUUUGUGUCUUCAUUGUGUGAAUUUACUGAUGCUGAUUGAUGUCCAGGCCAUGCGGUGUCAAUAAGGCAAAUGGCUGUCUAGCAAGAUCUGAAUAAGGAUACUAGUCCUUGUCCAAACGAUACUUAUCACCAUGUCACAUCCUCUUUUGGCCAACAGCUAAGUGUAUGUGCCAGUGACGUCAGCCAUGUUUUGGAAGUUUGACUUACACACAUCUUCUCACCUGGAGGCUUUACUGGACAAGGAGGAUGUCACUCUCAUUGAGCUCAUGAAUGAGGAAGAUGUGCUACAAGAGUGCAAGGCCCAGAACAGGAGACUUCUCCAGUUCUUGUGCCAGGACCAGUGCAUGCUGGAGCUGGUCCGUAUGAUUACUACAGAGCCCCCUGUUGGUGUAGAGGAGAUCAAGCGCUUCAAGUAUCCAAAUAUAGCAUGUGAGCUAUUGACAUGUGAUGUUGGAAUGAUCAAUGAUAAGCUGGGUAAUGAGGAGCCUCUGCUGGAAACUCUGUAUUCCUUGCUGGAGCAGCCAUCCCCACUUAACCCCCUCCUGGCAUCUUUCUUUAGCAAGACAAUAGGGAACCUCAUCACACGGAAGACUGAGCAGGUGCUUAGUUUCCUGCGACAGAAAGAGGAAUUCCUUUCCUUGGUCCUGAAGCAUAUCGAUACAUCAGCCAUGAUGGAUGUGCUCCUAAGACUUAUCAGCUGUGUGGAGCCACCCCCCCUUCGACUUGAUACGCUUACUUGGCUGAAUGAAGAGAAGCUCGCCCAGAGGCUCAUAGAGCUUAUUCAUCCUGAGAGAGAUGAAGAGAGGCAGUCCAAUGCAUCUCAGACUUUGUGCGACAUCAUUCGUCUGAGCAGAGACCAGGCCAAUCAGCUCCAAGAGAUUUCACAGCCUGACCCAUUGCUGACUGUGCUGGAGUCGCAGGAGUGUGUGGAGCAGUUGUUACAGAAUAUGUUCUCAGGAGAGAGUACUGAGAGCUGUAUCAUCAAUGGGAUUCAAGUUCUUCUCACAUUACUGGAAAUCAGGAGGCCUGUGGUGGAUGGUGUAAUGGAUGCUCAGGGAUUUGAGAGAAGUUACACUGUUAACAGCAGCAUUUUGUUGGCCGUCCAGCCACACCUGAUACACUUCCACCAGCUACUUCUGGAGCCACCCAAGCGAAAUCCCAUGCUGACUACUCUGGGUGUGCUGGAGGAGCCAUUAGGGAACACACGUCUGCACGUAGCCAGACUGGUGGCCUCUCUACUGUAUACCAGCUCUGCUAGCCACGCAGUCGUAGCACAGGAACUCUGCCGACUCAAUACAAUGGACCUGCUUCUGGACUUGUUUUUCAAGUAUACAUGGAACAACUUCUUGCACCUCCAAGUGGAGCUUUGUGUUGCUGCCAUUCUCCGGCCCUGUGCCCAUGAAAUGAGACUUCAGCCUGGUUUGGGAGCCCAGGAAAAAUUCAAGCCUCACCAGGAUGGCUCACAAGAGCAGGCUUUGACUGAAACCCCUUCUGAACCUCCAGUCACCCCUGAAAACUCUGCACAUAAUCUAAUGGUGACUCAUUUGUUUCAGCACUGUCACCUUGUUCAGAGGAUUCUAGAGGCCUGGGAAGAGAAUGAUAAAAUACAGUCAGAAGGGGGUAUGAGAAGAGGGUAUAUGGGACAUCUGACCAGGAUUGCCAACACAGUAGUCCACAACCUGGAGAAGGGCCCGGUUCACACACAGAUUAGUAGCCUCAUCACAGAGCUGCCAGAGGACUACAGAGGGCGCUGGGACACAUUUGUGGACCAGACCCUGUCAGAGACCAAUAGGAAGAACACCAUAGACCUGAUUGGCACUGGAAACCCACGGCCAUCUUCAGAGGAUGAUAUGGAGAGCCCCUUCCCUAAAGAACUGACACUACAGCAGGCCUUUUCAGACUACCAGAUCCAGCAGAUGACGGCUAACUUUGUGGAUCAGUUCGGCUUCAAUGAUGAAGAGUUCACUGAUCAUGACGACAGCAUUGGGGCAACGUUUGACCGGAUUGCAGAGAUCAAUAUCAACAUUGAUGCAGGCCAGGACAGUGCUAAUACAGCUGUAUUUGAGGCCUGUUCCAAGGAGAGGAUUCAGCCCUUUGAUGAUGAUGAAGAAGACAUUUGGGAGGAUAAAGAGAUCAACUUUGCAACACAAACCAAGUCCCGUAACAGGUUUGGUGGGUCACAAUCAGCCCAGAGUCAAGCAGCCAGUACAGCUUGUGAUAUGACAGCAGCUUCUGGUACUGAGGCCUCUGACACAGCAGCAGACUCAGACUCUGAGGAGGGAGAAGAUCCUAAAGAUGACCUAGAUCCUUUCUCAAGCCAGGGCCAGACCGAGGCAACAAAGAGCACUGGCUGGAUAGCAGACUUUGGGGAGGUGAACUCAAAGGCUCCUGCAGCAGGAGUGGGCUUUUCAGCCUGGGACACUCCAGACUCCAAACCAGCUGCCACAGAGGCAGAGGAGAAAGGAUGGGCCAAGUUCACUGACUUCCAGCCUUUCUGCUGCUCUGAAACAGGCCCCAGAUGCAGUUCUCCUGUGGACUCGGAGCUCAGCGGAUCAGACAACACCAAACCAAACCAGAACCCGUGUGUGUGGAGUGUGUGCGUGGCAAGAAAAGCUCCACUGGUGGCAUCGGACAGCUCUUCCUCCAGCAGCUCAGACAGCGAUGAGGAAGAAGGCAAGACAGAGUCUACAGCCAGUGAGACGGUCACCACAGAGACCAUCACCACGGGGGCUGGCAAAGAGACAAUUCGGCUCACCGUGGACACCAAAAAUGAGAGGGCAGUCUUCAGCAGCGAAGCAGAUAAGGUGCCAGUAGAGGGACUCGCCAUCAAAGACAAAGGGAAAGGCAAUGAGAAAGAAAGCGAAAAAGGAAAGAAUCAUGUAGACGGCCCCAGCCCAGCUACCACCAGUCCAGCUGCUCAGUCAGCUGCUGUCACACAAGAGACGCAGCCCUCUGCUAAUGGACCGGCCUAAUGAUGCAUCACAGACACACACACACACACACAGACACAGACACGCUUCAUACCUGUCUUCAACACACAGCCAUGCCACCUAUGCUUCCUGUUAGCAGCCAUAGCAGCCCUCCAAUGCCCUUUUUGUGUCCGAAGAAGAAUGGGAGAUCCUCAGUGUUGAGCCCUUAACAGUAUGUAUGCUGGAUAACAAAAAUCUACACGUGUGUACUCUUGAUCUCUCCUGCACCUUCAUGACAUAAUUACAACUGAACCGCUUCAAACAGGAACGUGUGUUUUAAAGAACAUUUUCGCCAUGCCAGACCCCAAAAGCCAAAUUGUGUUAAAUAUGAACUAUUUCAAAAAAAAAAAAAAAAGAGACAAGAUUUUUCCCAUUGAACUUGGGAAAGUGAAACCACCUGUCGAGAUUUGCUGAGGUCACGCUGAGUGUGCCAGCUGUGGCACUUCAAUCCUAAGAAAACAAAUGCAUACGUCUGAAAUUAGCCCUUUUAUUUAAUUCAGCAUCAGAAUUUUAGAUUGUUUGUCUGCUCUCUGGGCAUUAAAUCACAGCCCAAUUUUUCUAUCAGAGCAUUUGACUGUUUACACUUUAGUAAAGAAAACUGUACUCGUAUAAUCAGCCAAGAUUACAAAAGCCAAGAUGAUUGCAAAGCUUGCCGCCAUUUUGUCUUCAGCAUUUCAACGUACAUGCCAGGCAGACAUUUCAUUAGUUGCAAAAGUGUGAGUGAUAAUAAUGUGGGGUUUCUUUUUAUACAUGCUACUAAAUCAGUUCUCAAUCCCAGUAAGAUUUCUUCGCUUUGAUCAUAUGGAACAUUAAUAAUUAAUUUGGAGCAUCAGAUUUGGGAGAACCAUUUGUUACUUACUUCUCUAAUCUGUGACAGAUUCAUAUAGUUUAGAGGCGUUAACUGUUGUAUCCAGAUGUGUGUGUGUGUGUUUGUGUUUUUGUGUGUGUGUUUUUGUGUGUGUGUGUGUGUGUGUGUGUGUGUGUGUGUGUGUGUGUGUGUGUGUGUGUUUGAGCUCUGUACAGGUACAGAGUGCAUUCUCAGGUCGAAGGAGAGGUAUGCAGAUACAAAGAAAGCACACCUGUGUAACGCGUGCGCAGACACACACACACACACACACACACACACACACAGACACACACACACGCGCACACACACACACAGUGUCAUACACACACGUAUACACUACCAAAUCUGUACACACAUGCAAAAACAAGACACAGUGACGUGCACAUACCAAUUGAUAUCACCCUCAGAGCUGUUUAAAUGUAAUAUUGUGAAAUUUGAACCUGUAUUAGGUUGUGGCUAUUCUUGGUAACAUGUAAACGUAAUAUAAAUGUAAACAGUAUAUAUAAACAUUAUAUCUAUUUUUGGAAUAAAUCCAAUGUACGGAAAGGCGAUUGUUUUGCAGGUUGCAACGUGUGUAUUGUAUGUGUGUGUUGUACUGUUGAAAUGAGGCAAUAAUGAUGUCUGUGUUUCGGUUAAUACCCCAGCAUCAGUUCCUGUUCCUCUGCUACAUGCUUCCUACAUGGAGGUUUGGGUGUGUGAAUGUGAGCCAGUAGUCUGUCCUCUGUAUUAUUUACUUAAAGGAUAAUUUCAAUUUAUUAGAAUUUGGGUCGUAUUUUCAUUCAGUAGUUUUAAACAAAAUACCAGACUAACUAAUAUCGAGAAAACGACAGUGAAUAAUAAAAUAAUACCAAUACUGUCCUUUGUAAACAUCCAUCACAGUGCUGACCAAUAGACUGCUUCAACUUUUACCUUUUUAAAAUAUCAUUUGCACAUACAUAAUUUUUUUUUUUUUAUUUAAGGAGGGAUUAUUCUCAACAAGGGCCGAACAAGUUUGAUUACCAAAAAUAAUAGGCAACUAUUUUGAUAAUCUAUUAGUCAUUAAAGUCAUUUUUCAAGCAAAAGUACCACACAUUACCUAAUUUCAGCUUCUCAAAAUUAAGAAUUUGCAUUGCGUUUUGGACUACUGGGAAGUCAAAAGCUCUCUGGGCUUUAAGAAAUUCUGAUUUCUGACAUUUUUCACUAUAUCCUGACAGUUUAUAGUCCAAACAAUAACAAUUGUUUAGUUGAUAAAACGCACUAAUCAUUAGUAGCACCCUUUUGCGUGCGCAGACUUGAUUGCAAAAUGUAUAUAAUUUGAAUAAACUGCUCCUAUUCAAACCAAAAAAUCUAAAAGUCUGAUUGCGGCUCUUCUUUCUUCCUCAUACUUAACCUGUUGAGUAAAGUCAAAUCAUAACUGAAAAGAAAUUGUGGUAAAAAGUACAAAAACCAGACUCAAAUUGUAAUAAACCAGAAUUUAUCUUUUUAAGUUUGCGUGUGCCAGGCAGUCAUGCUUUACUUUCUCUUUCUCCUCGUCUCUCUCUUUCUCAGGGCAGGAGUUGACUUUAAUUGCAUAUAUGCCUAUGGAACGAUUUACAUAGAUUGUUGUAUUUAUUUGAAAGCACUUUUUCAAGAAGCACUUUUGGUUUGUAUUUGGUGGUGCUAAGUGUCACCACAUUAUUCCCCACUCAAAGAGGUGGGAAUGUUUGACUUGAAUGAGUGAACCAUGUAGAUACUUUAGAAUACUUUUUUCUUCAAUGCUUUCUGCCAAAGUGUGUCUUCCCCACCAGUGUACAACUGGGUUUCAUAUCUGUGAAGUAGCCUCCUUUCUUGCAAUGGUCUUACAGGUCUAGAUUUAUCUAAAGAAGUCUUUGUUUGAUCCCUCAUGUUUUCUUUUUUUUAAGUCAUAUGAUGGAGUUAUCAGCAGUAGGAGAGGCUACCACAUGUCAAAGCAAGACUUUGAUUCAUCUUAGAUCACAGCCAUUUUGCUUUUAUCCUUUCAGCGCUUUGAGCUGUUUGAAGUGGAACUGCAGAGACCGAGCAUUGGUUUUAAGUCAGGGUUUAGAGGAGAAAAACAGGGCUGUUUUCUGUCAGGGUGUGUACAGGGUCAGAAUAUGUCAUCCCGUCUUUCGUCAAACCUAAGCACUGCGUCUGACCCUUACCUUUGUGUUUUUGGUGUGCGUGUCUCCUUCACCUUGAGAGUGUGGUGUGUGUAGGUGUGUGUGUGUGUGUGUGUGUGUGUGCGUGCGGUGUAGCUACGGGUAUGGUGUGAUGUUAUGCAUAAUGGAAUGAGGUACAAUACAGUCAUCUUUUAAGUGCCAUUAAGUUUGCACAUCAGCCUCAUUCACCUCAUUGGGUUAUAUGCUGUAUUGUACAGUGUGCCCAAAAACUUUUAAUUGAGACAAUGGGUGUUAAAUUGUAACUUCAUCCCAUUGGAAGUUACUUACACUGAGGCCAUUUCAAAGUCUAAAUAUUUCUCGCAUUAGAGUUCAUUCAUUUGUGUAUAUGUAUAUGUGUGUGUCUGUGUGGAGGAAGAGGUGUGAAAGACAGUUGUGCUGUAAAAGGCCUUUUUGUAAAGUGGACUGAUGCUGGUGUUUAGUUUUUCUUUUUCUUUUUCUUUUUUCAUUUAGAGAGUAAUGUGUCUGUUACCUGUUGUCAACUUAGCUUGUACAUUCAGAUAUGAAUCUAAUAAAUAUGUCAGACCAAGAAGAA